AUGCGACCCAUUUGGGAAUCGGCUGCUCGGCCGCUAUUUGUGCGCUCCGUGUGGCAGGAGACAAUCGGUCGAAGGCAUUUCAUACUCGAUUACGAGCCGCGUCAGCGACAACGUUGGAAGCGACAGAAGGCCAAAAGAGGAGAGAGCCAACAGCAGACACAAUCAUGCGAGUAUUAUGAUCAGACGAUUGAGGACUCUGUAGAGUAUUUGGAUGAAUAUUUGCUCUUGGAUGCCACAAAAUUGACUUUGCAGCAGCAGCAACAACAACCACUACAGGGAGGCAGAAUGAAUAACUCCUCUUCAUCCAGUAAGGAUCAGAGAGGCCAUCACACAAGUCGUCAGGCUAAGAGAAGAGCCUGGUUAUUAAGUCGCGGCAAGACUUAUCAUUCCGAUCAUUAUCAUAAUCACAAUCAACUGAGCGAUCAUCAGUCACGGCGAAGUUCUCUCCAAGAUACCAGCACACUCUCAAUGACAGCCAAUAAUCCGGAAGAACGUUUAGCCGAGCGAGUCCUCAAUUGGCUAGAUUUGGCUGGGCGGACAGAUAUCGUGAAAAGUCCCACAGCUCUUGCCCCACCACUGACAAAUAGCGCCCAAGUGGGUACGAGGACCGCAAAUCAAAAAUAUCAUCACCAUCAUCGUCACAAUCAUCGCAGUGUUAGUCUCAAGCGUAUAGCCACAGCUGCCGCUCACAAUUACAAUCACAAUCAGAGAGCAACAACUGCCAGGAAACCCAUUAAACAACAACAGCAACUGCCUCCACCUGCAGCCACCACGACAAACCACAAUCAAUCAGCAAACAGUGGCAACCACUUGAAUCCAAAUGCCAAGCCCAUUACAAUUAUAUUCAACAAAGAGGGUAUCCCAGUCCGUCUCAAUCGUCCGGCUAGGAAUAUAGAUCUCUGUGCCAUGAGCAAUUCCGCCAGCACGACAAGACGCCUGGCUGGUCAAUUGGCUUCGGCCAGGCUCUAUAAUGGAGGCGUGUCUACUCCUUCUAUAACCGAGGAGACACUUCGAACGCCGCCUCAAAGCAGUCGAGGAUUAAACUCCACAGCUGCGUCACAUUCGUUGGACAGUCGGAAGCAACUGCACAUCUUUAUGCCCAGUUUGCCCAAGAAAGGUCUGCUAAAUGGCGCCAAUUGCAGUGAGGAUGGCCUCAGCACCAGUUUCAGUGAGCUGUGUCAGUUGUAG